AUGUUAGGUUUUUUUAUGUAUCUAUUUGAAAUAAAGAAAGAGCUCCUUGUUGGAUUUUCCCUGUCAGUAUUGUACAUAACCUAUUAUCUAGUGGAAGUGGUCAAGAAGCCAAUAUUGGUUUGCCGUGAGGGUGAGUUUCGGCAAUUCCUGGUGCAGAAGGUGCCGCUGUUGAGUGAGCACUACUGGCCGACGCCGUGGUGCGUGGAGUCGCGCCUUCAGACAGUUCUCGGCUCGGUAUUACGUUCGCGGCUACUACCUCCUGUCAAGUAUCGGCGUGAAGUUUUGCGGCUGUCAGACGGCGGCCAGGUUGCACUGGACUGGGUGGAGAACGGGGCUAUAGGCGAGCCCACCGCCGUGCUUUUGGUGCUGCCGGGACUCACGGGCAGCGCCGAGGCGGACUACGUGCGCUGCAUCGCGGCCGCGGCGACGGAGCUGGGCGCGCUGUGCGUCGUAUUUAACAACCGGGGGCUCGGCGGCCUGCCGCUAACCACUCCGCGCCUGUACUGCGCCGUCAGCCACAGCGAUCUGGCCGAAGCGGUACGAGCGGUGCGCGCGGCCAGCCCCGACGUCCCGCUGCUGGCGGCCGGCGUAUCCCUCGGUGGCCUCAUUCUCGGCCACUACCUAGCCGAGCACGGCGAUCGUUCGCUCGUCCACGCAGCCCUCGUCGUGUCUUCUCCGUUGGACGUCGUCAAAGGUUCGGAGUGCAUGGAGCGCGCGCCGCUGAACGCGCUGCUGUCGUACCACAUGGCGCGCAACCUGCGCAACACGGUGCGCGCGCUGCGCCACGCGCCCGCCGCGCAGGCGCACGUGGCGCAGCUGCCGCAGGUGCAGUGCGACUGGCUGGGCGUGGAGCGUGCGCGCUCCGUGCGCGAGUUCGACGCCGCCUUCACCACCAAGCACUUCGGCUUCGACUCGGUGUCGGCCUACUACCGCGCCGCGUCGCUGCGCGACAAGCUGGAGCGCGUGCGAGUGCCGCUGCUGUGCCUGUGCGCCGCCGACGAUCCCUUCCAGCCGCUCGACGCGAUCCCGGUGCGCGAGGCGGAGGCGGCGGGCGUGGCGCUGGCCGUGACGGCUCGCGGCGGCCACAUCGGGUUCCUGGAGGGCUGGUGGCCCGCGCGCGCCGCGCCCACGCAGUACAUCGCGCGCCUCACCUCGCAGUACUUCGCCGCGCUACUGGCGCAGCCCGCGCGCCUGCACCGCCCCCCGGCCCCCGCCCCCGCACCCGCGCAAUGCUGA